AUGGCCUACCGGGGAAGCGACUAUGACGAUCGCUACUACGAUGCACCUCCCUCGUCUGCCGGUCGCCGACGCCCUCAAUCCACCUAUGACGAGGUUCGCAUUCAAGAUCGCGAACGUGAGAGUGACCGCCUAGCCUUCCUCCGCGACGACCCCCGACCUCAAGAGGCAGGGCCACUGGUCCUUCGUCAGCGCGAUGUUGAGACGCGCGAAGUCGCUCGGCCUCGUUUUCGAAGUCCCAGUCCUGUACGCCACGAUCACAUGGUCAUGACGAGGAGAGCCCGCAGCCUAACCCCGCCUCACAUCCACGAAGAGCGCGAGCGUGAGCGCAUUCGCAUCAGCGAACGCGAGCGCCUGCGAGAGCCUGUACCACCACCUGCUCCCGUCAGGGCUCCCAUGCGAUACGUUGAGAGGUCGCCUUCGCCAGUACGACGUCGCCGGUCGUCCUCCUUCGACCAAGAGCGGGAGCGGGAUCGCAUUCGCAUCAUCCAGAGAGAGAGGGAACGAAUUCCUGAGCGCGUACCCUCCCCCUCGCCGUCUCCUCCACCUCCCCCUCCACCUGUCAUCCGCGGACCGACCAUUGAGAGAGAAGUCAUUACGCACUAUCGGGACAUUGAUCAUGGUGUGACUCGAGUGCCCAGCCCGCCCCCUCCCCCGCGCCCGGCCCCACGCCCGUCUGUCCGAACCGAAGAGAGGCAGCUUGAUAUCGACAUCAUCACCUCCCGCGGCAGAACCAACGUCGACGUUCAUCGCUCAAGCAGUCGCCAUCGCGAGCCCAGUCAGGAGCGACGUUCCCCCCACAUCCACGCCCACGGACAUGAGCUCGUUGUGAGCAAUAAUCGGGACACACUCCGCGUGGAGGAUCGCCACUAUCACACCCAUGGCGGCCAGCGUCGUCGGGCUCACUCGGCCGCGCCUCUCCGCUCACCUGUCGAUGAGGAGGCCGAAUUUAUCACAUCCAAGAUUGACUCUCGCGGUCGCAUGGGUGAGGCAUGGAACGGCGCCACCAAGGACUGGACCAUUGUUGAUGUGCCUCCUGGCACGGAGAGGGUACGCAUGGAUGGCGUCGGCGGCGGAUCGACCGACACGUCCUGGCAGCGCUAUAGCGGCGUGCGCAGGACCAAGUUUGUCCCUGAGCGCGACGGCCAGAUGGUGCCCGCACCUGCUCCCGCCCCACUCCCGGCGGCGCCACGGGACUCGCGUGAACGGCUGGGAGGAUAUGAACGCGAGCUGGAGAUUGAAAUCGACCGGUCGCGCGACCGUCGCGGCUCGUCUCGUGCUCCGCCGAAACCCAAGCAGGAUCAGAUGUGGACGGAGAUUACGAGAGAUCUCGUUUGUCGUGAAGCCGUCGUUGAGUGUGGCUAUGACUUUGAGGAGACGGAGGACUUCUUCUAUGUGAUGCAGUACCUCAAAUACGAUAACGUACUAGAGCUCAUCCAGUUGACCGAGACGAUACGCAGGCACCGCAAAGACCGUGCGCGGUGGGAGCACGAAUGGCGGGAGCAGCAGCGAUACGGAAAGCCGCGCAGCAAAUAUCUCGAUGAGCGGGUGACGGAGCGGGACUUGAGCAGGGGUUUUGAGAUGGGGAUCUUGUCUCUUCUACAACGUAACGGCCGCAAGUGA